AUACACAUACACACAACCAACCACAUAGCCUCAAGCUGCUGUAAAGACUCAAACACUCAAUGUUAUCACUUAGAGGAACUGCAGCAGCUGACAGACUCACACACCCACACAACACGCUCCGCACUCACAUGGUGUUCAACUACCAGGACUGGGGAGUGCUAAUAGAUUUUGUGUCGGACUGGGAUUCCUGGGUUUCUUUGGUGUUGUGGAUAUGGGAGGCAGAGAGGAGGUACUGGUGAGCAGGUUUGGGUCCACCAUGGAGUUUUCCCGCAGCAGGUUGAACCGUUUCAGACUCCGUCCGACUCAAAGCCCCACGAGAGGCAGGCAUGUGAAACCAUCGAAACACAAGAAAAAACACAGAGAUCCCAGCCCCACCGAGAUGAGUGUGGAGCCCUGGCCCAGCCCGCAGGACCAGGCAGCCGCUGAACACACACUUAGUACCAGCCAUUCUGCAUCCUCCCAGGACCUGGACCAGCACCCCGACAAACUCUGCCUGGACUCAUUCUGGAGUGAGGUGGAGACCAUCCGACAGGGGAGUGGCUACUCAGACCUCGACGGCACCAGGAGAGACUCUAGACAGUCAGAAGAAGGGGAACAGGAGGAGCAGUGGCUAGCUGAUGCUGGUUUGUCCAAUCUCAUCAGCGAGGACAGCGAGGAUGUAGACAACACAGUGCUGCUGUCCACUUUGACCCGGACGCAGGCCGAGGCCGUCCAGCGCAGACUCGAUUCCUACACCCUGUCUCUCCGCAAGAGGAACAAACCCCCACCCCGUGACGUUCGAGAUAUCUUUAACUCCCCCAUCACUCAGAAUCGAAUGCCUGAUUCUCAACAUAGUGAAGACCUGGCUCAUAACAGCAUGGCAUCUGUGACCAAAACACCCCUAUCAGCUGUGACGCCAGAGCAUCAGCGAGGUGCUCCCAAAGAGGAGAUAUUCAUCACCGACGUGGCUUACUGCGAACAGGCUGUCAUCUUCCUCAAACAGGCCAAACUACCACAGAGCUACAACCAACGCAGAAAAGAAGAUGGCACCCUGCCUCGAGUGAUCUGCCCAAAGUGCCGUCUUGGAGUGACUCGUAUCCAGGAUCUUUCCCACGCCGACAUGAAGAAGGUUCGUCAGCUGGCUCUCAUUGACAUGACGGCGCUGUGUGACCUUCUAGAGCUGGAGGUCAAGAGACAUAAAACGGGCAAGAGGAAAAUCCCAGAGAGUACACUGUUUGGGGUACCGCUGGCCACACUGCUGGAAAACGACCAGAAAGUGAAGCCCAACACCUCGACUCCUCUCUUCCUGCAGGCGCUGUUGUCAUUUUUGGAGAAGAAAGGAGUGGAUUCGGAGGGGAUUCUGCGGGUUCCAGGGUCUCAGUCCAGAAUCAAGAUGCUGCAGCAAAAUUUAGAGAUGAACUUCUACUCAGGGCAGGUGAGCUGGGAUGAAGUGAGUCCAAAUGACGCCGCUGCUCUGCUCAAGAAGUUCAUCCGAGAGCUGCCGGCUCCUCUGCUCACGGCCGAGUAUCUCAACACCUUCAGCGCUGUCAGAGACAUUACAGAGCUGAAACAGAAACUUCACAUGUUGAACCUGCUCAUCCUGCUGCUGCCUGAGCCCAACAGGAACACACUGAAGGCUCUGCUUGAGUUCCUCAGUAAAGUGGUUUCCAGGGAGAAGAGGAACAGGAUGAACCUGUGGGCAGUGGCCACCAUCAUGGCUCCGAACCUCUUCCUCCACAAGGCCGUCCCGAGCCGCCUGACGGAGGGAGCAGAGAAAGGACAGGCAGAGAAGGCAGCCGACGUCAUGAGACUCCUCAUCCGCUACCAGGACCUGCUCUGGACCGUCCCUAAUUUCCUCAUGAGCCAAGUCCGUAAGCUGACUGAGAACAGCAACCGGCGGUACCAGUUCUAUGACCGUCGCAUCAAGAACCUGCUGAGGAAAAUUCACACAGACAGCCGGGAAAAACCAGAAAAAAAUACCUUCGAGCCAUUGAGGACAGUGAAGGUUCAGGCUGGAGAUCAGCUAAGCAGCACCAUGGAGUAUCACCUAACGAUCAACUCCAGAGCCUCAGACCUGCUCGCUCAGUUCCAACGCCAGUUCAUUCGUAGCCCUGACAAUGGAAAAGGCAAAAUGCGAAGAAAUGGUUCUGUGGCCUCUCCAGACUGUGCCCUGUAUGAAGUGGGAGGAAACAUCGGUGAGCACUGUUUGGAUCCGGACACACACCUUCUGGAUUUAUACAACAGUAACCCAGGAGGAGAAUGGGUCAUCAAGCUGAAACCCAAUGGCAGCAGAGCGGUGUGACUCUGAGGACAGACGGAUUCAGGAGUGAAAUCCAUGCAGAACUCUGCUGUUUGUCCUAUUUCUCCUUUAAGCAACAAGGGAGAAGGAAACACAUGGACAGAUGGAGGAAACAGAAGCAGAUAGAUGGAGAAUGAGCCGGGAGCAGAGCCUAAAGACUGUUUAUGAUCAGAUGAACACACCAUCCCCUCGCUCCCUUCUCUCUUUUUUUCUCUGUUUUCCUCCAUCUCCUCCUUCCUUUCCAUCCCUCCUCUCCUGCCGUUACUGCAGGGCUGCGAUGCUGCUGACGUGACUCAUUACUUCCGACAGAGAACCUGCUGCACAGGAAAGAGGAGAGAGAGAGAGAGCGGCUGGGCCGUAAGUUUUGCCAUCUACUCCCUCAAGACAUCAUCUCCAACCAUCAGCAAGCAGAUGGGAAUGUAGAGCACCUCUGGCUAUAGAGGACAAGCCCCUCCCCCUUCUCACUAGGUCCUCCAGUCCACAGAACACAGUGUGUUUUCAUUCAUCAGCCUCUUUAUACACAUACUCUAAAUGAUCAAAUAUAGAUCCAUUUGUAAAUAAUUCUUUGCUAGACAAUUGAUUUUAAGUUUUUUUUUGUAUCUCUAAAAUAAAACAAAUGACGUAGAUAAAUGUGAUUCUGUUUAGCUCCUGUUAGCGUGCCUUUCCUCAGACUGUAGUUGUUGAUUGCUAACAAAAAAAUCAUUCAUUAUAGGUCAGAGAUGAGUAAUUGUUAAAAUAGCCAAUACUCUAAGAACUUUGCAUUAUGUAAUAGCUCAAAUUGUAACUUCAUAAAACUAAUAAUACACAGCUUCAACGCAAUAUGUUAUACAUUUUACCACAUUUUAUAACUUACCACUGUUUAUACAAAAUGUGGGAUUUGUAGUUUUUACGAUGAAAAUGUAAAAACAUUGUGCAUCACAGUAACCAAAUUGCAAAAUGAAUGUCUUCAUUUGCAGACAUCAUAGUUUUAACAGCUAAGUUACAUCAAACUAAAUAUUAACUUAAUUAAAAUAGACACUAUAUUUGAUUUGCCACAUAUUUACCUUAUAACUAUCCUACAGCUGACUCAGGAACGCCAUGUCAAAAGUUGACCUGUUAAAACUCUUUCUCACUUGAAUUUGUUGUAGAGUUGACUUCUGUCAUGGUCUUUUGACAGAGCUCUUCAAAAGCUUCAGCCUAUUCUAUCCAAAAUGCAGCUGCUAAAAGUGCAGUGUUCCCAAAUUUUGUAAUAUCCACCACAAUUGUAAUACUUAACCACAAAAUGAAUGUAAAUUUAUUACAUAUUGCCUUCAGACAGUUUAUGAUUACAAAAUGCCAGUUUUGAUACAUACCCAUUUAUCUUAUGAUAUUAAAACAUAGACAAUAGACGUUUUGUGUUUGUGUUAAAAUACUAAAGGUAGAAACCCUUAAUCAAAGAUACACUAAAACUCUUCAGUCCUGGAUUAGAGGCUACUACUCUGUGAAUGAAGCAGUGCUUCUAUUCUCUAAGCCAACAUUUACUGACUGAUCGAUCAAUCAAUUGACUGACUGAUCCCUCCCCUGUUGGCAUCUGUUCCUCUGACAUUUUGAUCGAACUGUAAACAAAGACGGAGGAUUUCCAUACAUCGGCUUUAUUCUCCGUCUGUGCCAUUUAAAGAGGGAAAGUGAUGAACUGAUAAACCUCUUAUCUGCGAAACCCUAUACUCUCCUGGGCCUUAUAAAAAAAAAGAA